AUGGCGUCCAGCAGCAACGACCUCAACAAGAUACUCCCCAACGCCGCCAUGCGAGCCUUGAGCCUGCGGGCGCGCGGGGUGCCCUGCGUCGUGCUGGACCGCGCCGACUGCAUCGCGUCCCUGUGGCAGCGCCGCACCUACGACCGCCUGCGCCUGCACCUGCCGCGCCAGUUCUGCGAGCUCCCCGGGAUGCCCUUCCCCGACCACUACCCGGAGUACCCCACCAAGCGCCAGUUCGUCGAACUACCUCAACGCCUACGCGGAACGCGCGGGCGUCCAGCCGCGGUUCAACCAGGCCGUCACGUCCGCGCGCUACGCCGCCGCCGCGGGGCUCUGGCGGAUAUACUGCCGCCAACACCAGCUCCAAGCAAACAGGGAAAGCAUGGUCCUCAAACACCGGCAGAUGUGUUUAUGCUUGGCAUGGUCCAUGUCUGUUGCCUCCUCUUUGUGCUGGUGAACUGUUGCAACGACAUCACUGUUCUUACGGCGCAGUGGGCUAGAGGAAAUUCUGCCGCUGGUUCGAUAGAUUCCAGAUGCGGACAUUUCGACGAGCCCUUCAUAGAAGCACUAAAAGCAUCAUAUCCAGUAAGAUCAUACCAUGGCUCACCGGAUUUGCAAUUCCCCUACUGCCAUGCUGUCUUCUGGUACAGCGAAAGGGUUAAGCGUGAAUCAUCAUACCGUGCAAGAAAGAUAUGCGGUCAGAUUCAUCAUCGUAUUGGCUCUUUGCUCCCACCAGACGGCAGGCCUCCAAAGUUCUUACAGCUAUAUAUAUACGACACGUCUAAUGAAAUCAACAAUAGGAUAAGAUCGUUAAACCGAGAAGAGGCAUCCCAGGCAAACAGAUUGUUAAACCGAGAAGAGGCAUCCCAGGCAAACUUAGAUCCAUCUAUAGUCCAGUCCCUUAUGCACAUGCUUGAUGGACAUAAUCCUUUUGCCAGGCAGCUUAGGAUUGCAAGAGACAGGCUGCAAGAUUAUGGUGACCAAGAAUUGAUAAUCAGAAAUGUAGGAGCCAGAGAGGGAGAUCCAGUUCAGUAUAACUUGCCGACUACCGAUCAGCUUGCUAUGCUUGUUGUGGGGGAUUUCUCCUUAGACACGUUUCAGCGUGACAUAAUCAUAGAAACACGGUCCGAUGGCAAUGAAAUGGGCAAGCUGACUGUGCUGCCUCCAUCAUUCACAGGUGGUCAGCGCUACAUGAUUCAGAAUUAUCAUGAUGCAAUAGCUAUAUGCAGAGAGUAUGGCCCACCCGAUUUCUUUGUCACUUUUACGUGCAAUCCUAAAUGGCUAGAAAUUGCUGAAGGUAUCCUUGAAGCAGGGCAGAGACCAACUGAUAGAGCCGAUAUUAUUGUUAGAGUCUUUAAUAUGAAGCUUGAAGAACUCUUAGAUGAUAUACGAAAAGGACACGCUUUUGGUCCGUGCGAUGCAGUUCUCCGUACUGUUGAAUUCCAAAAACGUGGCCUUCCACAUGGACAUAUCAUUUUAUGGACCUCCACUGAUACAUCGCAGCUGACUCCAACAUUAAUUGAUUCUUUUGUGAGCGCCCAGAUACCUGACCCAAAGAUUGAUCCACUGGGCUAUGCUCUUGUGUCCGAACACAUGGUUCAUGGCCCAUGUGGAAAAUACAACGUUAGCUGUCCCUGUAUGAAGAAUGGAAAAUGUUCCAAGUUUUUCCCAAAACGCUACCAAGAAGAAACAUGCGUCGAUGCGGACGGCUUUGCUAUAUACAAGCGUUGCCAAAACGAUUUAUACAUCGACAAAGGAGGCCUCCAGCUGGAUAAUAAGUGGGUUGUUCCACACAACAUUUCGUUGCUGAAAAAAUACCAGGCUCACAUCAAUGUUGAAUGGUGCAACAAAACAACCUUCGUAAAUUACCUCUUCAAAUAUGUGACCAAAGGUGCAGGUUGUAGCAAAGUGUACCUCCAAAAAGUUAGGAACGCGGAAGAUACUCCAUAUGACAAGGAAACUGAAACUGUCAAUGAAAUAAAGGAGUACUUAGAUUGUCGCUACAUCUGUGAGCAAGACGCGUGUUGGCGUGUAUUUGAAUUCGACGUUCACAGGCACUAUCCUUCUGUUGAGAGGAUGCCCGUUCAUUUGCCCAACGACAACUUCAUCACGUUUAGUGCCAAGGCCAAGAUGGAUAUGGUUCUGUCACAGGAAUUUUUACGCAAAACAAUGCUUACUGAAUGGUUCAUAGCUAACCAACUACAUCCUGAGGCUAGAGAGCUUACUUACUGGGAACGUUUUUACCUUAGGAUGCUCCUGCUGGUGGUCAAAGGAGCACUCAGUUUCACAGACCUUAGAUAUCACAACGGUAUUCAACAUCCUACAUUUAAAGAGGCCUGUAGAUCUCGUGGCCUCCUUGGCGAUGAUCAGGAGUGGUACAAUGCUUUUGAUGAGGCUGCGGCUGGGGCUACGUCAGCACAGCUGCAGAAGCUAUUUGUGACUAUGAUCCUUUUUUGUGAAGUUGGAGAUGAAUAUGCCUUCUUUGAAAAAGUCUGGCGCCUCUUGGCUGAUGACAUUCAAUAUCAGUUUAGGGAUAUAGUAGGUCACAAGAAUUACCAGAUGCUUGACAGUCAUAUUAGAGACUACUUGCUCGAUGAAUUGUCAACAAUAUUUGCCAAAAGUGGUUCUAGCAUUCGUGACUUCAACCUGCCACAAAAAACCAGCUCCAGUUAUUCUUUAUCUACGAACCAUCUCAUUGACGAAGAGCUGUCAUACCAUUCUGUUCAGUUGUUGCAUGAGACCAGCCUGUCAUCCACUCUGAAUUCUGACCAACUUCGGGCCUUCAACUGUAUAAUUGACAGGGUGCACAACAAUAAGUCCGGUUUUUUCUUUGUCUCUGGUUAUGGAGGCACAGGAAAGACCUAUCUAUGGACAUUUCUGCACUUAACAGAGAAUAUGCGUCUGUCAUCAUCGAGCGAAGGUUUAGAUGCCCAGAAAGAUUUAGCUGAUUUUAGCAAAUGGAUAUUAGAUGUCGGUGAAGGCAAUAUAGAGGCUGUGGCAAAGGAAGGGGAAACUGAAGCUUCAUGGAUUAGGAUACCAGAUGAUUUACUUCUUAUGACUGAAGAUGAUAAGUUAUCUUGCAUAGUUGAUUCUAUUUACCCAGAUUUGCAGAUACAUUAUCGGAACGAAGCGUAUCUUAGAGAGCGAGCUAUUUUAACACCUACAAAUGAUGUAGCAGCGGCAGUCAAUGACCACAUUGUGUCUUUAUUACCAGAGACACAAGAAGAGUACCUCAGUGCUGAUAGCAUAUCAAAGUCCACAGAUUACUUCUGA